AUGUCUCAACAACGCCGAGAAGCAUUCAUUAAAAGGAACACCAAUGAAACCAAAAUACAGAUUGCAAUCAGUUUAGAUGGAGGUGCAGUCAGCAUACCUGAAUCUAUCUUUCCCAAAAAAGACCACGCUGAAGACCAUGCCGCUCAAUACACUGGGGGCCAGCAAAUCAACAUUCAAACUGGUAUUGGAUUCCUUGACCACAUGUUUCAUGCUUUGGCCAAGCAUUCUGGAUGGUCUUUGCUUAUCGAGUGUAUUGGAGACUUGCACAUUGAUGAUCAUCACACAAGUGAAGAUGUUGGUAUUGCGUUAGGUCUUGCGCUCAACAAAGCAUUGGGUCCAAUCAAGGGCGUUAAGAGAUUUGGACACGGCUAUGCACCCUUAGAUGAAGCAUUGAGUAGAGCAGUUGUCGAUUUAUCAAAUAGACCAUAUGCUGUGAUUGAUUUAGGGUUAAAGAGAGAAAAAAUUGGAGAUUUAUCAACGGAGAUGAUUCCUCAUAUAUUGGAAAGCUUUGCUCAACUGGCGUCUAUUACCAUCCACGUCGACUGUUUGAGAGGGUUUAAUGAUCAUCAUAGAGCAGAGAGUGCAUUCAAAGCAUUGGCCAUUGCCAUUAAGGAAGCAACUUCCAAAACUGGCAAGGACGAUGUCCCAAGCACCAAGGGGGUGUUGUCGUAA